CUCUACCGCGGUUGGCUUUAUCACUGUCUUUUGAUCGCACGCAUCUUCCUUACGGAAAAUAUCCCUUCUCGAGCUGAAGUCGUGCUGAGGCACGCGACCCGGCCAAUAUGGCGUCCCAGCAGAAGCAGGGCAAGAUGCAAGGCUUCAUCAACUACCGAAUGCGCGCAACAACAAACGAUGGAAGACAGCUAGUUGGACAAAUGCUCGCCUUUGACAAGCACAUGAACCUCGUUCUAGCAGAUUGCGAAGAGUUCCGCAAAGUGAAGAGAAAGGCAAAGCAAGGCGGCGCACCAGGCGCAACAACAAGCGGCCAAACGGUCGAAACGGAAGAAAAGCGAUCUCUCGGCCUCGCCAUUGUCCGCGGCGCAAACAUCGUCUCCUGCUCCGUCGACGGACCUCCUCCAGCAGAUCCCUCUGCUCGACUCGGACAGAGCGCACCAGGUGGAGGACCCGCUGCAGGAGUCGUGCAGGCAGGCCCCGGGCUUGCGAAACCCGCGGGCAGAGGUGCAGGUAUUGGACUACAAGGACCAGCUGUGGGUGUAGGUGGACCCGGUUUCCCAGGUGCGGGUUUUGGACCUCCGGGAGGAUUUCCUGGAAGAGGUGGUCCUCCUGGCUUUGGACCGCCCGCUGGCUUUCCUCCGGGUGGACCUCCAGGCUUUGCGCCGCCGGGCUUUCAGCCUCCGCCUGGUGGUAGAGGAUUCCCUCCUGGGCCUGGUGGUUUUGGCAGGUAGUGAGAUUGGAGGAGUACAAGGAGGAGGCGGUGUGACGAUGAAGAUCGAAUUGCAAGAAAAGAAUGGCACAGGCGAGCACGCGCGCUGCCUGAGAAAGCAAGGUGCUGGAGCCGCUCAGAACACCCCUAAUUUCUGGAUGUGAGCUCCAGAGAGCGGAAAUCAAUCGCGGCGUCAAAGUGGACAGCGCGAAGCUCAUCGAUUUGGUUGGCAUGGCACUUUGACAAUGCACCAACCAACCAUUAGCGAUGGCGUCGAUGGCAGGCAUGGUAUGAUAUCGAAAGAAGGGAGCACAAGAAUUCAAAAAGGCCAAGUCUCUGAUGCUAUUCCAUCCUGACUCUAUAAC